AAUUCCAUGCAUCUCUUGACACACACCUCACUACCACGCCCAACUCCACAAACUUUCUUCUUCUUCUUCUUCUUCUUGGACGUUCAAAAUGGUCUCCCUAGAAACGGUUCAAGCAACCUCUAGAUCCAUUGAUCAAACUUCGAGUCCUAGAAUUUCUUUCUCUGCAGAAUUUCUUGAUGAAAACAACUUCAUUUCCAUUAGUCCAAACACCCUGCAGACUGAAAAAGACCAAGAAAUGGAAAGAGAGAAGGCAAGAAAUGCAGAAUUUGAGUUCCUUUCAAGCAACGUGAGUAGCCACGCCAUUUCAACUGCGGACGAGCUUUUUUUUGAAGGGAAGUUACUUCCCUUUUGGCAAAUGCAGCAAUCUGAGAAACUCCAUAAAAUCAGCCUCAAAAGUAAAGUAAGUGUGGAGGAAGAAGAAGAAGAAGAAGAGGAGGUGAACAAGGAGGAGCCUAGGGUAGGUUGGUUUGUUGAUGAUGACCCGUCUCCAAGGCCUCCAAAAUGCACUGUUCUCUGGAAAGAACUGCUAAGGUUAAAGAAGCAACGGGCUUCUUCUCUCUCACCAUCAUCAUCUUCUUCCUCAACAUCAUCUUCUUCUAGCUCCCUAGCCGAUAUCGUUACCACAGAAGAAGGGAAAGAAGCCUCUGGAAACAGGGAGAAGCAAGGGAAAAGGAUGAAGAAAGGAUUGGAGAGAACAAGAUCAGCUACUAUUAGGAUAAGGCCAAUGAUAAAUGUGCCUAUUUGCACGCCGGUGAAGAGCAGUUCUUUGCCACCUUUGUUUCCCCUUAAGAAGGGUAGAUUAGAAAGGUGAGGUGAGAAGAGAAAUGUGGUAGCUCAAGCUUGUCUAUGUUCUGUAGGAUUGUCUAAUGUGUUGAAUUUUCUUAUCAGUUCUUUUACUUCAUGUCAACUUUCUUUGCCUACUUUUGGGUCUAGUUUAAUGUUAAUUACUAUGGACCUGUUAAAUUUUAAUGUAAAUGGUGACAUUAUAUGUGUUACUGACAAAA